AGCUGCGUGCUCGUCACCACAUGUCCCGAGGUCGGCAAUGAGACAUCGGAACGCAUUCCGAUCACUGAGCCGGCGGAACGAAUCACGACUCUCUUCGCUUACCACUUAUCGAUAACGAGACUUUCACCAUCCUUUCCCACCUAGUCCGAUGACUGUCGCAUUUGGCUGCAAACAAUAUCAGCAACAGGAAUGGCGCCCAAUUCCAAGCUAAACGCAAAGCGCAAGGCGCAAAGAGAAGGAACCCAACCCGCAAAACCCAAGAAGACUGAAAAGCGUCAGGCGAAUGGCGCAAAAGGACCUGGGAUUUCCUACAUUCCUAUCGAACUCCAGCAACUCUUAUUGAACAUCUUCCGGAACUCAUUCGCAGAAAGAAUGAGCGCAGAUAUUACACCGCUGUUACAAGAAGUCAAGGGACAUCUCUACAAGCGUGACUUCGCGACUGCUUUUGGGAAGAAAGAGUAUUUGGAGGCGUACGCGGCGAGGUGGAGUCCGAGCCGCGCGUUGGGGUAUCUGGAUCUGAUGUGGGAAUUGAGGGACGACUUAUGGGUUGAUGAGGAAGAUGAAGAGGAGAAUCAAGAAGCCAUUGCCGAGCAGGCUAAGCCAAAGAGCCGGAAGAUUGUGUGUUUGGGCGGUGGAGCAGGCGCGGAAAUCGUGACGUUGGGCGGCCUGCAAAAGCUGAUGUCUACCACAUAUUCACAAGAUGGGGAAGACAGCGAGGGUCUCAGGGGCCAUGUGGAAAUUACCGCCGUCGACAUCGCCGACUGGAGUGUGGUCGUGGAGAACCUCGCCAAACAACUCACGGUCCCCGCCGAAUUGUCGAAAUACGCAUCCGCUGCUGCGAGAGCUGCAAACAUCCCACCUCUUAACCCUGAAGAUGUUGCUGUACGAUUCAAGCAGCAAGAUGUACUUCAGGCUUCGGCUGAGGAACUCUCCGAGCAACUUGCCGAUGCGAAUCUCGUUACAUUACUCUUCACGCUGAACGAACUCUACACCGCAUCACUGCCUCUAACCCAAAAGUUUCUACUCCUAAUGACAUCAAUCCUCCAGCCCGGCGCUUUACUCCUUGUAGUCGACAGCCCCGGAAGUUACUCAUCAGUCACUCUGAACGGCGCCGAGAAGAAGUACCCAAUGCAAUGGCUCCUCGACCACACACUCUUGAAGCAAGCUAGCGGAAAUUUGAACGAGCGCGGCAAGGAAGAGAUUGUCAGAUGGGAGAAGAUCAAGGAGGACGAUAGUAGAUGGUAUAGGUUGGAUGAGAGACUGCGAUAUCCGAUUGAGUUGGAGAAUAUGCGGAUGCAGGUGCACCUUUAUCGGAAGCUGUAGGGUGUCGCAGUGUAUGCGACGAGGGUAUUAAGAUUAUAAAGUUCACACUUCCUGCUGGGUUUCCUUACUUCAACACUCAGCGAGCCCGAACCACGAAGGGAUGUCCACCAGUGGAGCCUCUGUCGUGUCUUCAGUACAGCUUCUCGGCCAAAAUCUUCUCGCCCGACGUACUAUACGCCCCUUGGUACAUAGUCACCCCAACUGACUGGUAGUCUUGGCGAAGCCCACGCACUCCCAUCAUCGGUAGACACUUCCUCGCAGGCUCGGCUGAAUGGGCGUAUG